AACACACCGGUGACGUGCUGGGUCCCCUCCUCCUGCCUGUGGACACAUGCUGCUCGGGUUGCAGCCAGCUCGUAGUCCCAAAACAUCCCCAUAUGGAGAGGAUGAAGCUGAUGGGGACGCGGAGACGUAGCAGCGCUUAUUUUUUAGGUGCUUAAAAAGCCAUCUGUGGCAGAGCCAGGCGGCAGGCAGGGAUCCCCAGGAGGCGAUGGUUGGAGACGGGUGCUCUGGGACUCGGUGGAGGUGGGAACUCUCCUAACAGUCCGUUUUCUUACGCUGAGACCCCCAGGCUUGCUGCAAAGAGAUCUUCCUUCCCGCUCCUCUGCAAAAAGCUCUAGAGAAAACCGAGCACCAUGUACACCUUCCUGCCAGAGAACUUCACACCGGUGAAGCAGAAGCCCUCCAAGGAGCUGAGGCCCAUGCUCGGGGCCAUCUUGCUGGGCCUCAUCCUGUUCAUUGCCGCGGUGGUGGCCUGGUGCUACUACACGGUGUCCCUGCGGAAGGCGGAGCGGCUCAAGACGGAGCUGAUGGACCUGCGGGCGGAUGGCUUUGUCAUCAGGAACCAGCACGGGGAGGUGGUCUUCCGCCUGGCCUUCCGCUCGGGCAGCCUUGACCUGGAGUCGUGCUCCAAGGAGGGCGAGAUUUUGAGCUGCACGCGGUCGGGCGGGGGGCCGCUCAACUUCUUCAUCCAGACGGUGAAGCCCAAGGACACGGUGAUGUGCUACCGCGUGCGCUGGGAGGAGCUGGCGGCCGGCCCGGCGGUGGAGCACACCAUGUUCUGGGAGGACGCCCACUGGUACGGGGGCUCGGAGAUGAGCACCCAGCACUGGCCCAUCCGCCUGUCCGGCUACCAGGAGCCCGUGCCCUACGUGACGAGCGACGUCUACUCCUUCCGAGACAGCUUCGGCGGCAUCCUCGAGCGCUACUGGCUCUCCUCCAAGGCGGCGGCCAUCAAGAUCAACGACUCCGUGCCCUUCCACCUGGGCUUCAACGCCACCGAGCGUGCCCUCUUCUUCCAGGCCCGCUACAAGGACUCGCCCUACAAGCCCCCGCCGGGGCAGCAGCCCUUCCCCGAGCUCAGCUACCGGGUCUGCGUGGGCUCCGACGUCACCUCCAUCCACAAGUACAUGGUGCGCAGGUACUUCAACAAGCCCUCCAAGAUCCCCGCCGAGAAUGCCUUCCGAUACCCCAUCUGGUCCACCUGGGCCCUCUACAAGAACAAUAUCGACCAGGAUAAACUCUUGCGGUUUGCCGAAAAGAUCAAGAAGUACCGUUUUAACUGCAGCCACAUUGAAAUCGAUGACAUGUACACGCAGGCCUAUGGUGACUUUGACUUUGACCCCGUCAAGUUCCCCAAUGUAACAGAGAUGUUUGCAAAACUGAGGGAAGAUGGGUUUAAGGUCACCCUGUGGACUCACCCUUUCAUAAACUACAAUUCCUCCAAUUUUGGGGUGGGAAUUGAGCGUCAGCUGUUCAUCAAGGAGCCAUCGGGGCGGCUGCCAGCCAUGGUGGAGUGGUGGAACGGCAUCGGGGCCAUCCUGGACUUCACCAACCCAGCAGCCCGGGACUGGUUCCAGAGCCACCUGCGCCAGCUCCGACACAAGUACGGCAUCUCGUCCUUCAAGUUUGAUGCAGGCGAGACCAGCUACCUGCCCAAGCAGUUCAGCACCUUCCGCCCACUCUCGGACCCCAGCAUCUGGUCACGGCGCUACACAGAGAUGGCCAUCCCCUUCUACGAGCUGGCCGAGGUGCGGGUGGGCUACCAGUCGCAGAACAUCUCCUGCUUCUUCCGCAUCAUUGACCGUGACUCUGUCUGGGGCUACGAGCUCGGCCUCAAGUCCCUCAUCCCCACGGUGCUCACCAUCAGCAUGCUGGGGUACCCCUUCAUAUCCGCUGAUAUGAUUGGGGGGAAUUUUUUCCCCAACAAGACGGAGGGGGCGGUGGAGAUCCCUGACCGGGAGCUGUACGUGCGGUGGCUGGAGCUGUCAGCCUUCAUGCCCUCCAUGCAGUUCUCCAUCCCGCCCUGGCUCUACGACAAGGAGGUUGUGGAGAUUGCGCAGAAGUUCACGGAGCUCCACGAGUCGCUGGUGGCCCCGCUGCUGCUGGAGCUGGCUGGGGAGGUCACCGACACGGGCGACCCCAUCAUCCGUCCCAUCUGGUGGAUCUCGCCCCGUGACGAGGCCACUCACAGGAUUGACUCCCAGUUCCUCAUCGGGGACACCCUUAUGGUGGCCCCUGUCCUGGAGAUGGGCAAGCAGGAACGUGACGUCUACCUGCCGGCAGGCAAGUGGCGCAGCUACAAGGGGGAGUUGUUUGAGAAGACCCCGGUGCUGCUCACAGACUAUCCUGUUGACCUGGACGAAGUCGCCUAUUUCCUCUGGGUUUCCUAAUGGACUUCUCCAUCAGCUUUGGGAUAACCAUGCCUUACCUAGGACUUUGUAACAAAUAAUUCUCAUUGCACAUUUUGUUUUAGACUGGGGUUGAGUAAGGGAAUUAAAUAGACUUCACUGUCCUUCGGGUAAUUUUUUUUUUAUUUCGAGGCAUUGUGACCUUUUUUUUUAGUUAGGGGCGCGUGGGAGACUCCAGUUGGGUUACGGUAGGCAGAGUUUUCUCUGUAUAGGCCAGGAAGGAGUUGUCAGUCUGUCUGCAGACACGUAGUAAACCCAAUACCUUUUCAGUUUCCAAGGAUUUCAAGAGGUGGAGGUUGGUUAGUGCCAGUGGGAGUGUUUCUGGUCUCGUGGGAGCACCCGGCGCUGGUCGUGGGGGCGUGUGAUGUGGGAGGGUUGCUACAGCAUAGCCUAUCGUGAGUUUUAUAACAUGGCAAAUAUAUUUGAAAGGACUUUAUUAAGAGCAGAAAACAAACUAGAGAUACAUAUAUAUAUACACACAUACUUUUUUUCCCCCUUUGGUCUAGUGUGGCACUGGACUAACUGUUGCCCCAUGCUCCUGCUUUCCUGGGUACCAGGCGGGCCAGGUUACUCGAGUGAUUUACAGGUAUUUUAACUGUAUGGGCUGCAUAUCGCUUGCUGGGGCAGCUGCAUCCCACUUCCUUGCCCAUUUAACACCCGCUGCAACGCACUUGCCUGUGUGUUUUGCCUUGGGUGUCAACAUUGCCUUUGCUAGAGCAGUGCCAUCCAUACCAGCAUGCCCCAUUCAUCUUUUUAAAGUAUUUAUGGCCUUGCUUCGUUAUAUGAGGAUCCUGUUGAUAUCAUCCCUUUUGGUUUUUAAGGACAGAUGAGCUUUCAGGUUUGUUGCUGGCAGAAGGACUGCCUGGAGCAAAGCUGUUCUCAAGAAGUAUGUGCAGCGCUUUCUUGGGAACAGCCAGUUCCCAGGAGUGGCACGUGUCUUGGAUUGACAGUGACGUUUGCUGCUAGCCGGCUUGCCGGUGGGUGGAAAACACUGGCUUUUGCACUGAUGGGUCUGUGCCAGUGGGUGUUCUCACUGCACCCGCAGAAAUGUUCCCAUCUACCAUGAAAUUGAGCUAAUACCCAUCUCCGUCUCAGGUCGCAGUUAGAGGUGAUGAUUUUGUGGAGGGUUUUUCUGAAGCAGCCCUCCUCUCUCACUGGGAGAAUUAGGGGCCUUCCUCAGGCAGCGUCUGCGGUGCUGGAGGUGGGGUUUCUGUCAGAGGCUUCUGCAGAGGACACAGGGUGACAUGGUCCUGCACCCCAAGUCGCUGGCAGCCGGGAUGGAGCUGCAGAGAUGCCUCUUUCCCAGCUUUCCCAUUUGGUUUUGUACGGGAAGAUGCAUUUACAGAGAGCCGCGGGCAAUCUCCGCUCUGAGACAGAGCAAACAGGAUUGAAGUCUGGCAGCCUUCCUCCCCAGGGCAGGACAUUGGUUGGGAGCAUGUUUCAGGCCCUGAAUUUUUAAUGAGCCUCUGCAGAAUUGAACUGCGUUGGCUGGGAAGGUUUGGAGCACCCUGCCCAGGCUACAGCCAGCCAAGGAGAGCUCAGCAUCUGCGGGGUUUCUCAUGGGAUUGUGUCUGGGCUGAGCGUGGGUCUGGCAUGAGUCUGCCACCCAAGGAGACGGUGCUGUGUUUUGGGUAGGGUCGGGUACCAGUGAGGAUCUUUCUCAAAGCCCAUCCCCUGCCACUGGACUUUGCAGGAGGCAGAAGAGAAGAUGCAGCAGAACUGGGGGUUGUGAUGGGGUCCAGGAGUAGAAAUGUAGGUGUUUGGGACAAAAUCUGAAGUGGUUUUAUAGUUAGGAAGGAAUUGAGGAAGUCCAGUUUGAUGGAUUCUUUGGAGCAUCCCUUGAGGUCUGAAUCUGCCCUGCAUAAUUUGGUGUUUCAGCCUCAAAAUGAGAUGCAGAGGAGCCCUAUAGGUCCUUGCCCAGCUGGAGCACAAGCAUGUCCCAAAGCCUCUUUCUUAUGGCUUUUAACUAUGAAGGACUCAGGUUUGUUCCCUGCUGCCAGUGCAAAUAGUGGUUAUGUUACAAGUUACAGACACCCUCUGGCAAGGAGUUAAUCCUGGAGCCCCAGCGUCAGUCAUCAGGGCACUGGCAGGAUUUGGCCCUUGGACUGGAGGGUGGAGGUGAAGGUGAGGAGCUCCUGGAGAUGAGUCAGACCACAGCCUGCAAGGAGGACAGGGUGUGGAGAGGGCUUCUCCAGCCCCAGAAAUGCAUAAAGGCCAUGCUUUGAGGGGCUCCAGCUCUUGCCUUUCAACCUGUGCUUGUGAAAUACUUGUCUUCCUUUGGCACGGGAGUCAUUGUGUGGAGGAGAUGUUGCUGCACAGCUCAGCUGCCAGUGAAGAAGUGGGAUCCUUGGCACGUGACUUCAUGGGAAGGAUCCCAGAAUGACCAGGAGAUGUUGUGUGUCUUCUCCUUCCCUGUAUCUGCUGUGCCACUCACCACAUCUCUCACUAGUAAGGUGUGAGGCUGCGUGAAGAGAAACACAGCAUUUCUGUUAGUAUUCCUUUAUUAUUAAAAUGGUGGUUGCAGCCAGAGGAGUGCCUUCAGUCUCCUCGCAGUGGUUUCAGGCCCUGUCAGGAAGGUCAUGGAGGAAAUUCUGUAUUAGACACACCAUCUUCCUGCCCCUCCCCUCAAAAGAAAGGAUUUUAUUAUCAAAAUUUUAGUUUUCUUUUUAUUUAACUAUAUGAAUAAUGGGUAAGAUAUAGAGUACCCUUAUUUUUCUAAAUGCUGUAGUUAGGCGUAAGUGGCCAUGGCUAUUCAGUGCUCCAGCUAGGAGAAAGGUAAAGCUGUUGGGAAGACAUAAGGGAUGAUGCUGAAGAGCAGGUCCAUAUGGGUGGCUCUCUGUGGGUCCAUGGCACCAAGCCUUUCCCACCUGUUGGGGACAGGCUCAGCAGUGCUACCUCAAGCUAUCUCACAGGCUUCUGCAUGCCCUUUCCAUCCACCUUUUUACCAGAAACACUAUUUCUGGCAGCACUGCAGGAUUUGAGGACCUCUAGGAUGUUGCAGACCACAAGCACUCUGUGCACAGACACCUUGGAAACUGCUACUGCAAGAUUUCUCUGAUUUACACCAUGGGUCACUGGCCAAAGCAGGGUUUAGUUCAACUCAGCCAAGGAAAAGCCCUGAAACAGGUUUGGGAGUUGGAUAUAGCCUUUUCUACCCAGCCCACAGCAGACCACAGCUGAGCAGCAGGUCAACGUGAUGCACGUGUGAUUGAAUUUUGAAGCUUGCACUGUCGUGUAUUGGGUUUUCUGGAUGCUCGUGUUUGCACAUGCCGUCCUAUGUCAGAUUGUAAUGCUGGUGGGUUUGUUUUUAACCACUUUUCUAAUUCUUAAUUGUUAUGAAGACAGAACUGUAACAUGAAUUGCCUUGAUUGAUAUAAAAUUUUGGAAAACAAAA